AUGAGCAUUACAUUUCAGGUUUCAACUUUCCCACUUCAAUCAUUAAUUGCUGAUUACGAAGAUGCUAUUCAGAAUGUGAAAGAUUCGGAAAUUUCAAGACAACUUGCAUUGGUUGUCGAUGCGCUUAGAUUAUCAGCAAGUAUUUUGAGGUAACCGGAAUUUCAAUAUCUUAUCUGAAAAUAAAAAAAUAGACUGAAAGUAUAUAAAUCGUCGUACUUUUCGUAGGUUGUUUUGUAUUCGUAUCGUAGGAUUACUGUAGACACACCGAAUGACGUUAGAAAAAUACGAAAUUUGUAGGGAUACGGUAAUUGACGUAUUUUCGAAAAUAAAACUGACACAUUUGUUAUUAUGAGAAAAGGAAGGAACAAAUUGUAUUGUCAUGAAUUGCGUGACAAAUAUGUUUUUGAUGAAGAAAAAUAGAUCAAGGAAUUUCAGAGAAUUCACUCUAGUUUACAAAAAAAUCUUGAUUUUCUAGUCGAAACCCAUCAAUGCUUGCAUUCGAACUUCUUGGUCGACUUCUUCCACUUGCCACAACUAAUCCAUAUGUCAGCAAACUUUUGAUUAAAUGUGAUCGCGAAGGACCACAACACAACGCGUUUAUUCCUGCUCAUCAUUGUUUCCAUGCGCCAGGAGGACCUUUGAAGUUUUCAUUAGAGGUUUUUUUUUGAAUUUUGAAGUAUAGGAAAAGAAUUGUUUUUUCUCAAAUGAAAACCCAAAUCAUUAUCAGUUUUUUCCUCAAAUAAUUGUUUUUGUGAAAAAGUGCAUACAAAUUAAUUUCCUUUAUGUCUAUGUAGUUAUUGGAUUUCUGGAUUUUGAAAUCCUACUUCGCUAGCUAGUUUUUGAAAAAUACCAGAUUGACAAAAAACAAAAUCAAAAAUUCCCAAAACUCAAACAGUGGCAUUUAUUCUAGGAACAUCAAUUUGCUGUGUUUGGAAUGCAACUAACAUCGGAUAAAAAACUAUUAGUUUCAACAUCAAAUCAAAUAAUUGUUUGGGAUGUUGCAACUGGUGAUAUUGCACGAGUUGUGAAUCCAAAUGUUGACGGAGUGUUUUUCGGAUUGACUGUCUCACGAGACGAUAAGUAUGCCGCCAGUUACACUAAUAACAAUCAAGUUAUUGUGACCUCUUUGGUCACUGGAGAAUUUACGAGUAUUGAACCGGAAAGCCUUGUUACACAAAUGGAACUUCAAAGAAUCAAAUUUGUGCGGAAUAAUAAUGUUUUGAUGUGGUCGAAAAAUCAAUAUUUGAUUUAUACGGUUGAUGGAAGAAUGGUAACACAAGGAUCUGAAAGUGAAGGGGAGUAUAAUGUAAGUAGUCUUUUGAGAAUAAAAUAAAUGGGUUUCUGUUCAGCAAUUAGUGCACAUAUUCCAUCGGGAUGAAUACAAUUUUCUAUUUUUACUUUGGAAUGGCGAAAGAGAUGAUUGGAAACUUAUUUUGACUGGGAAUAUAAGAGAUGAAAAAACUAAUUCGAGAGGAAGAUUACAUCAAUUCACAGUGGAGGCUGCAAUCACGUUCACUGACGAAUUUUUCAGACAUGGGUUUGCUUGUAUACAACAUAGAAGUGAGUUCAUAGAUCUUCAAGUUUAUUAUUCGAGAGAAAAACAAAUGAUUUCAGGCUCAGCUGAUCCUGAGGGAUACUAUAGUUUUGCUAUGGUUCGUAUCGAAUUGUUUGAAUCGAAAUAUAUUGUGAAAGAAAUCAUCAAGGAUAAUUUGAAUGAUCGAAUAAAUCAUAUCAAAAUAUUUUACCGUGCUUCUUCAACUGGUGGAUCUGAUAGAAAUACAAAUUGGAUAGUUGGAGUUUCAGUUGAAACAUUUAUAUUAUAUCGAGAUAAUUGCGAAAGUCAUCCAGUCACUUUAAAUCUUCCAAUGAAUAUAAGGAAUAUUCCAAUUAAGCCAAGACAUACAACAUCAACAGUUGCAUUUGCAUCACAUGAUACGGUUUUUGUUACAGGUGUCAGAAAACAUUUAUAUCUUUGGAAUGUGAAAACAGCUGAACUUUUGAGAUCUUUAGAUGCGCAUUUUGGAAGAAUUCUCAAUCUUGAUGCAAUUAGUCAACAAGGUCAAAAUAUUCUUAUCUCCAGCUCACUUGAUCAUACUAUCAAAAUUUGGAAUAUGGAAAAUAUUUUUGAGAAAUCAUUUAGUGUUUCAACAAUGGAUCAAAGUAUUGAGAAGAUUUUGAUUGCGAAAAACAAUCCAACUCUGGCUGCAGUUCAAACACGCAAAAAUAUUGGAAUAUGGGAUAUAAAAUCACAUCGACAUAUUGCUUCAUUGGUUGCAAAUGUUCACGGCGCUGUUGUCUCGGAUUCUCUUCUAGCCGCCGAUGGAAAAACCAUUGUAGCCGUCGAAUCUGAUCAACUUCUUCUCUGGGAUCUCAAAACUCAAUCAGUUAUCAAUUCUGUUCAUGCCCCAAAUGUUUUCCAAAUUUUCUAUCUCAAUAGGGAGACUUUAAUUGGGGUUAUUUAUCGACAAGUUGAUUCAGCUGAACAGAAAAUUGCAAGAUGUACGAUUUAUAAUAUUGCCGAUUUUUCAAUGCAUUAUAAUUUCGAAUAUCCGUGCAGAUUAUUCAAAGAAUGUGCAGUUUUAAAGGUUUGUUAAAUUUUGAAUACAGCUUAAAAUUAAUAAAAAUUUAGGAUAAUAUAAGUUGUGUUGUUGUCACUUUAUUCAAAGGACAUGAUAGUUUGAUGAUAUUUGAUGCAGUUGAACGAAUUCAACGUCUCAAAUUCCGCCCAAGACAACUCAAAAAACAAAAAGAUGUUAUGAUUCAUAAAAUCAUUGCAAUGCCACAUAAUAAUAAUCAAGUGAUUGUUGUUGAAAAUGAUAACAAAGCCAGCGUUUGGGAUAUCAAAACUAAAAAAUUCUUGCGACUUCUUCCACAAUUCAAUGGGCUAAUUUCAAACGACGGUAAAAUGGGACUAUUUGCUCCAGCAAAAGGUGGAUUAUUUGUUGUUGACACAAAAACUGGGUUAACUAGCAAAACUUUGAUUGGAAAUGUUACCGAAGGUGUGAAUGAUGUCACUUGUUCUUUUACUCCAAAUGGACAAUAUGUUUUAUAUUAUCAUAGUGGACAUAAGACUUUGCGGUGAGACUUUUGAAAUUACAUAUGUAAAUUUGAAAAUAUUUUUGAAUACAAUUCCAGUGUAUUUCGAGUUUUGGAUUCUCAACUAAUUGGAACAUUUCGUCCACAUGCUACAAUUACUUGUUGGAGUUACGAUCCAAAAGAUUUUUUCGUUGUUCUUGGAGCUCAAGAUGGUUCACUUCUUACGGUUGUUUUACACGAUCCAUUAGCAAAAGAAGAAACAUUGACAAAUAUUGCACAUUUGGGUUGUCGAAAACAUUUGGCAGAAUUUAUGCAUAUUCCAGUAAGAAUUAAUAUUGAUAGAAUGGCAUUGAUAAAAGUUUAACGUUCAACUUUCAAAAUCAUUUAUUUUCAGAUCUCUGAAGAAGCAGAACUCGAUACCUUUGAUCUCAAAAAUCUUGGAGCUGUUACUGCCGCAGUCACCCGAUUCAAAUCUCUAAUCGGAAAUGGAAAGAAAAAUGGUGGAGGAAUGACGAAAAAAUCACAUGUUUGUAAUCUAAUGUGA